GACAUGGCACACUGUCAGCAACGGGGCCCUCGGGGCGGGUAUUGGGCUGUUCCUUGUGCUGCUUUUUCAGCUUUGCUGUGGCUUUGAAAUUUUUCAAAAUAAAAAGGUGAGGAGAAAAGAACACCAACCUUGUUCCAUCUGGAAGUUAUUUUUGUCCCAGUUCACUUGGCUUUGUCUGGCUCUCCCGGGUCAUUGUCCGGGAUUUCUGGUUUCUUGCCCCUUCUUUUAUGGCAUACACAGUCACCUGUUUGCCUUUCUCUUAGGGAUUUCUGUUUUGGAUGAGCUAUUCUGUUUUGGACUUGGACGUUUUUAUGAUCGAGUAUCUUUUUGGCAAACAUGUGACUUUUCUAGAAGCAGGGCCGCACCUUCCUAUUUCUCCCUGGCCACAGCCCGCCCGUCACAGUUGAGCACCCGUUUGCCUGAAGUUAAUUUCCAGAAGCAGCAGUCACCAGAGCUGGCCAGGGGAUGAACCGCGAGGGGGCUCCGGCAAAGAGUCCGGAGGAGAUGUACAUUCAGCAGAAGGUCCGGGUGCUGCUCAUGCUGAGGAAGAUGGGAUCAAACCUGACGGCCAGUGAGGAGGAGUUCCUGCGCACCUAUGCGGGGGUGGUCAACAGCCAGCUCAGCCAGCUGCCACAGCACUCCAUCGACCAGGGUGCAGAGGACGUGGUGAUGGCGUUUUCCAGGUCGGAGACAGAGGACCGGAGGCAGUAGCCACGAAUCCCUUGGAACAUCCUGAAAGCUGGCAAGGGCCAAGAGAUCUGUGUGGACCUCAUCUAGCUGAGUGGCAGCAGGUCGCCUUCCCCAC